CCUACUUUAAUUCCUUCACAAGUUUCAGUUUAUAAAAACCCACUAAAGACACUCUCAAAAAGGUCACACAUCAACCAUGCCACCUUUCACCACCACCUUUGCCGCCAUCUUCCUCCUCCUUGCCACCACCUCUGCCAAUCCAACCCAACGGCCGUUCAAGAAAAUCUAUGCAUUCGGUGAUUCCUACACCGACACCGGAAACACCGCCUCCGCUAGCGGCCCUAAUGCCUUCACCUACGUUUCCAACCUCCCUUAUGGCCGGACAUUUUUCCACCACCCCACCAACCGCUACUCCGACGGCCGCCUUGUCAUUGACUUUGUGGCGGAAUCACUCUCCUUGCCCUACUUGCCGCCCUACCGCCACCGCAAAGCUGACACCUCGUUUGGUGUCAACUAUGCUGUGGCGGGGUCCACCGCCAUACCGCAUGAGUUCUUUGUCAAAAAUAACCUUACUCUAAACAUCCAGCCUCUGUCCUUACAAAGUGAACUUGCUUGGUUUAACAAGGAUCUGAAGGGGCAAAAGUGUAAAAGUGCAAAAUCAACUCCAAGAGAAUGUAAGGAGGUGUUUGAUGAUGCGUUGAUUUGGGUUGGUGAGAUUGGAGCCAAUGAUUACGCGUACACCGUUGGAUCUUCUGUUCAAAGCAAAACCAUUCAAGAGCUUUCCAUUCGCAGUGUCAAUGGAUUUCUAGAGGCAUUGCUUAAAAAAGGUGCAAAAUACAUGGUAGUGGAAGGCCUCCCAACCACGGGUUGCCUGACCCUAUCCAUGGCAUAUGCACCCGAAUCAGACCGUGAUGACAUAGGGUGUGUGGGUAGUCUCAACAAACAAAGCUAUGACCACAACACCAUUCUCCAAACAAAAAUCCAAGAUCUCAGGAAAAAGUAUCCGGAAGUUGUCAUUAUUUAUGCUGAUUACUGGAACGCGUAUCGGAAUGUCAUCAAGAACGCAUCCAAAUUAGGGUUCACGGAGCUUUACAAAGUUUGUUGUGGGUCGAGUGGUAAGGGUGCACCAUAUGACUUUGAUUUGUCUGUUACUUGUGGGUCCCAGUCUUCGAGCUCGUGUCAAGAACCUUCUAAGUAUAUUAAUUGGGAUGGGGUUCAUUUAACUGAGGCUAUGUAUAAGGCGGUUUUUGAUUUGUAUGUUAAUGAGGGGUUAACUCAUCCACCCUUCGGGUCCUUAUUGACUAGCAAAAACUACUUGGGCUAGACUAUUGUGAACCCCUCUUUUUGUGUUUUUGUUUCGAGUCUAUGAUCUUAGCAUAUGUAGGAGUCAUGUGUUUAUUACAUGGAAUAAACUUGGACAAGGCGUAUACGCCUUUUAUACUAACAAAAAUGACAAUGUGUCUUGAUCA